AUAGACGAAUUGUCUGUCAUAAAAGAUGAGAUGGAAGUUUUGAUGAAAGGCUUGGCUUUCAUAAUUUUCGUAACUUUGUACAAUCAAUAUAGAUGUUUAUUGGAGGAAUUUUGUGAACAAGAUGACUUCGAGUGCAAGCAUCAUAACAAUAUAGAUGGUAUUGGGUAUCUACAACAUGACAGAAGUCAGCAAUCUAAUAUACUUCGUCGAUUGCAACAGCUCAGUUUGGUGGAAUGUGCAAGGGAAUGCUUUUUGACAUCAUGGUGUGUAGCUAUGAAUUAUAGAAAGAAUUGGAAGUUAUGCGAUUUACUUGGUCAUCUUACUGCUGGGGAAAAUCUGCAGAUCGAAGCAGGGAGUAUCUAUACUAAACGAUCAACCUGGUCUAAGUCUCUGGCUGGAUCAUGUGCAGACCACACUUGUUUUGCCGGAGAAAAAUGCUCAAAACUAAGAACUGGUGGAAAUAACUGUACAUCUGUUUAUUGUAAGGAUCCUAUCCCGAUAACAGAUAAAUCUGUUUGUAUUGAAACGUUUGGCUUAUAUAGAAAUCUGAAAGCUGGAAAUCAAUUUGAAUGUAAAGCAGGAUAUUUCAUGAUAGGACGUCCCUUCAUAGUAUGUAAUGAGAAGGGAAAAUGGAAUAAGAUGUUCUCAUGCACAGACAACAAAUUUGUACCACGUGACUGUAACGACUUUUCACAAGGAAGUGUAUCAGGAGUUUAUACAAUUUAUCCAAAAGAUACAAAAUUUGAUGUUUACUGUGACAUGGAAACAGCAGGAUUUGGAUGGACGGUUUUCCAAAGGAGAAUAAAUGGCACUAUCGAUUUUUACAGAGGAUGGUCUGAUUACGAGGAUGGAUUUGGAAAUUUGAUAUCAGAAUUUUGGCUAGGAAAUAAGUAUAUGCAUCAUCUCACAUCAACUGCAAAUUACAAGCUUUACAUUCACCUUGAAGAUUUUGAAGGGAAUUCACGAUACGCAGAGUACAGCGAAUUCAGUAUAGGAGAUGCUGCCACCAAUUAUAUUUUGAAUGUCGAAGGAUAUAGCGGAAAUGCAGGAGAUAGCCUGUCGUAUCCUGGUGACCAAAACCACAACGGUAUGAUGUUUUCCACCAUAGACAGAGAUAACGACAGAUAUCAAGACAACUGUGCAGCAAGGUUUAAGGGAGCAUGGUGGUACAAUGCAUGUCAUCUAGCUAAUUUGAAUAGAGAAUAUUUAGGAGGACAGUACUCCUCUGAAGCCAAUGGGAUCGUAUGGGAGAAAUGGAAAGGAUAUCAGUAUUCACUAAAAACUACUAAAAUUAUGAUUAAACGACACUAAGAGACGUUUUAUGGCUUCAAAUUUAUAUAUUCGAAAGAAAACAAAUUACGCUUUCUUAAAGUGGUCAAUGCACGUAUUUUCAAAAGAAGCGCAAACCGUUUAGCAGAUUCCUUGAGUCGUUUUCACUAAAAAAACUUACGACUAAGAUUGGUUUUAAGCCAUGAACAAUUCACUAUACUUACGAUCAAUCUUAGUCGUAAGCUUUUUUGUGAAACCGACUCCUUGUGUAGAUAUAAGUUUCAAGUUGAAAUUACAUUGCAAUUUUUGCUACCGGAACUGGCAGGUUUCAACCAGUUUUAUGAGUUGUGAACAUGUUUCAUAAUUUAAAAGAAAUUCAAAAUAGUACAUUUACAGUACAUGUGAAGAAAAUUUCAAUAUUUAUUUCAAAUAUAAGAACAACAGAAGAAGUGCUUAAACCAUUUUGUUUCUUUAUCGACGAAGUGUCAUAUAAUCUAAUUCUGAUAAAUUCAGUUCAAAAUUGAAAUAAUUUCUUUUUAGUAAAUAAUUUGUCAGGAAUAUUUAAUAUUCGUUAUCAAAUUAUCUCACAUAGCCUGAAAUAUAACUAUAGCAAAAAAAUAAAAAAUCGAACACCUUCAAAAACACAGACACGUCAUAUCGGUCCGAGACUAUAAUUCCAUAGUGUAUGACAAUUACUAAAGGUGGCUGACGCAAGGCAAUAUUUAAAGUAUCAAUUAAAGACUUGGGAUCUUACGCUAGCAAAUAUUAGUACAAUAUGAUACAAAUAGUUUUAGGUCACUGAGUUAUAAUAUAUAAUCCAUAUCCUUCUGAUAUCAAAAUUAAUUAAAAUUCAUAUCAACAGUAGAAAAUAGUGUUGUGUUAGUGUUCCUCAUCUUCAGUUUUCAAUGUAAUAAUUCUGCACUGUUGUUUGUUUUU